CUGGAGGGUACGUCUUCCUUCUACCCCGUUUCUCUGCUUUGCCUCCCGUAAAGUCCCACCCCGUGUAAUCUGCGCCGGGAAAUUCCUCAUGAUCUUCCUCGCAGCAGGUGGAUACACGUUAUCUGCUCUGCUGCUGGUCCACGGAGCGACAUCCGGCCUCAUGUACGCUUGUCCUGCAGCAGGCAGCAAGCCUACACACGUCCCACCCCUUCCCUUUCCUCUUCCCCCUCACCCCUACAUCUGGGGCCAGCACCACACUACUGAAUCGCACCACCAGAUCCCCCCCCUGCCGUAUGCAUCGCAUGUAAUAGUACAAUGCUGACAAUCACCGCCACAGCAUGGACCAGGCUGCUUCCGUCUUCUCGGAGCAAGGAUCCGC